CAGGAUGGUCUCGAGACGAAGGCGACCAACAGCUCCGAGCGCUCGAGCUCCGCGUGAAGCGCGUCAACCACGCAAACCUGAACGCGAGCGCAGUGUUUCUCGCGCGUGCCGUCGCUUCGAGGCGCUGAGAAGAUUCUAGGAGAACGCAGGCGAUCAGAACACGGGGGGUGCUCGGGGGUCCACACCGACGAGCCGCUGAGAGCGCGCCGUGCGCUGCGCGCGCGGGGAGGCUAUGGGCAAAAACUGCUGCCGCGGCCGUCUGGAGCUUCAUUCCGCGAGGAGGCAGUGAAGGAGGGAAGAGGAGGUGUUCGUGAAAUGCGCUGCUCGUCACCGCUCAGCUGGCCACCACGCACAGAAACCUGACGCCGCUCGCGCUCAUGCUGCGCCAAGUGCUGCUCAACUCCACGGCGGCGGCGCGCGGCUUGGACGCGAUGAGCCACACGCACGCGCCGCCGCCGCUCGACGUCUCCCUGCACGCGCCCGUGAGCGUGUCUGCGCUGCUGAAGCCCUCGGGGCGCGGCGGCGGCGGCGGAGGCGGAGGAGGAGCAGGAGGAGGAGGCGCGGGCGGCCUGCGCGAGGGCGAGCUCAGCAAACCGGACCUGGCCACGUACGUGGUGAUGUGCCUCGUGCUCUUCCUGCUCGUGCUCCUCAUCGUGCUCUUCAUCAACUGCCAGCUCCGCAACUCCUUCUUUGCUUCCAUGCCUUACGACCGCUCCCUGCGCGAGGCCCGCAGCUCCUACAAGUAAGGCGGCGGAGGGGCGGAUGACGGGCUGUGAACGGAGCGGGACGCGCGAUGGCGAGCGCGUUGUAAACGGCCACUGGGCGGCGCGAGGUCAAGGGUUCAGACUGACGCUCUUCUUCAGCCGUUUGUUUAUCCUAGAAGUGAACGGACGCUUGUUAGGACUGCACUAUAACGCCAGGCUAUGUGUGUCCAUGAACUGUUCUCCUGUGUGGUCUGCGCGGUGUAACACACAGUGUUCCCCUGUAUGGUGUAAACCCCUCAUUAAACCUUACCUGUACUAUA